AGCGAACCGCAAGUAAUUUGCAAUUUAGGAUAUUCUUUUAUUGACAACGACUUUUACUUAUGUCAAUAACUCUUUUCAUUUGAAUCAAUUGUUUACCAUUCAUAAGUAAUUAACUAACGACAUGGACACUAGUGAUCCUAAUGAUGUGUCGUCUAAUAUUGAUGGCUCUAAUAACCCCAAUGCUCUAACAAAUAAUGGAAAUAUCAACAGAAAUGGAAGUGAUGAUUGGAAAGGUGUUGAUGAAGAUUCGGGUAAAGAAACAUUCACCAAGAUGAAUAGCAGCAAUAAUUUAAAUGGUGCCGGUAGUGGUGGUGGCAGUGGUGGAGGUGGUGGAGGAGGAGGAGCUGGAAAUAAUAUUACAAAUGUCAGUGGAACUGGUGGUAUUAGCGGUAACAGUGAUCGUAACGGUGAUCGGAACAGUUCGAACAGUACCAACAGUGUCAAUAGUGAAAGGUCUAAUAUGAGCUUGUCUGAAGUACCCAUAAAUGAACGCGAAUCCUUGUUCAUUCAGAAAAUUCAUCAAUGUUGUGUAAUUUAUGAUUUUACUGUUGACCCUUUAAGUGAUCUACAAGGAAAGGAGAGUAAACGUGCUACAUUGGCUGAAAUGGUUAGCUUUAUUGAUCUAAGCCAUGGAGUCAUCACCGAGGCUUUGUACCCUGAGUUGAUUCAAAUGUUUGCAAUCAACUGCUUUCGUACUCUUCCUCCCUCAUCUAAUCCAUUAGGGGCUGAGUUUGAUCCAGAAGAAGACGAACCUACUUUGGAAGCUUCUUGGCCUCAUCUUCAAUUGGUCUAUGAACUUUUUCUUCGUUUAUUAGAGAGCAGCGAUUUUUCUCCUGUUACAGCUAAAAAAUACAUUGACACUCGAUUUGUUUCAAAGUUAUUAGACCUAUUUGACUCUGAAGAUCCAAGGGAACGUGAUUUCCUGAAAACUGUCUUACAUCGUAUUUAUUCCAAAUUUUUGGGUCUUCGAGCUAAUAUUAGAAAACAAAUCAAUAAUAUUUUUUACAAAUUUAUCUAUGAAACUGAACGUCACAAUGGGAUAGCUGAACUACUGGAGAUCCUUGGGAGCAUCAUUAACGGAUUUGCAUUACCAUUGAAAGAUGAGCAUAAAACUUUCCUUUUAAAAGUAUUAAUGCCAUUACACAAGGUUAAAUCAGUUAGUGUUUAUCAUCCUCAGUUAGCCUAUUGUGUGGUACAAUUUCUUGAAAAAGAUUCAACUCUAACAGAAUACGUCAUUCUAAGUCUACUUAAAUUUUGGCCCAAAGUACAUUCUCCGAAAGAAGUUAUGUUUUUAAGUGAAAUGGAGGAGAUUCUCGAUGUUAUUGAACCUCCUGAAUUUCAAAAAGUCAUGUCGCCCCUUUUCCGUCAGCUGGCUAAAUGUGUCUCAUCUCCUCAUUUCCAAGUUGCUGAAAGAGCCUUAUACUAUUUCAACAACGAAUAUAUCAUGUCCCUUAUAUCGGACAAUGUUGAAACUAUCCUGCCAAUUAUGUUCCCUGCUCUUUUUCAAAACUCUAAAACCCAUUGGAAUAAAACAAUUCAUGGAUUGGUUUAUAACGCGCUAAAACUUUUCACCGAGAUGAAUCAAAAAUUAUUUGAUGAAUGUGCUCAAAGCUACAGAAAUCAAGUGCAAGAUGAAAAAAUGAAGGAGAAAGCUAGAGAGGAAGCCUGGAGACGGAUUGAAACCUUAGCUAAACAAAACCCUGUUUGUAUCUAAUGAAACACCAUUGAGUAAUAAGUGACUAUUAUAAACAAUCAAUACUUCUAUUAAUAAUAAUAAUUAUUGAUUUAAAAAUCAAAUCAAAAAACAAAACUCACCAUAAUUUUCAUUCGAAGACCAAACUCAUCUCAAUCAAUCAUGGUCAACAAGUAACUAAAUUUUACCAUCGCCAACUCAGCAUCAACACUACCAUCGAUUCAUUAACAAAUUAGUUUAAACACGCAUAUCAAACUUCUUCAUGUAAUAGAUCAGAGCAUGUAAUCAGCUACCGUAAUACACACCUGUUAUUACAUGAACUUAAAUUCAACAUAGAUGCUUCGUUUAUUCAAUCAAAAAACAAAACUCAACCAGAUUCUAAGAGGAAACCAAACGAGUUAAAUUUAAGGUGAUGGUAAUAUAAUUAAAGAAAUUAAUAAAGCUAAAGAAAUAUCAAACAAAUAAGGAAGAGGAAGAUCUAGUUGAUCAGGAAACAACAAAGUGCUAAUACAAAAAAGAAAGCAAAACAACUCACAACUUGAAUUAACAGAAUGUUAUCUCCAAUUAAGAUGAAAACAAAACAGUCUUACACAGUUAUUUUGUAAUCAUUUUUUCUAUCUCCUCAUGAUACAAAAUCCCUUAUUCUUAUUCUUCUUAAACCAUUAACAUAAUUGUUGAUGAACUUUUCGUUUUUCAAGGCUUCUCCUUGAUCAAAUUUUGUCUUUUUCUUUCCAUCUUUCUAAUGUUUUACAGACCAUUUACAUUGCUUGUGAUCCUGAGAAACAAAAAACAAAAUUAAUUAUUAGUUAUGUACAGAUUUUCCUCCAUAUUUUACUGUUCUUUGUCAUCUUUCUUCUUCUACUCAUCAUUAACCCAAUGUUGGACGUUAAAAAAAGUCAAGAGAAUUGUUUUCCCCUCAUGAUGUAAGUUAAAUGCUAAUUCCUAUCACCUAUUAUCCUAGUUUUUUUUAUCCUGUCAGCUUAUUGACAUUUCAGAUGCCAGUCAUUGGAGUAAAUACUCAAUGGAUGAUAUAGUAAAGUUGAUGUUAAUAAAGCAAACCUACUUUGGGAUAAAAUGUAUUUUACUUCUAGAUUUGCCAAACAUAUAAACAGCCCCCCUUGGAAUCGCAAGAAGCUAACUCUUGACUAAAGAAGCUAACUUUUUUGUGUAUAUUGUAUAAAGAGACAAUUCAAUUUACCCCGAGUCUGACGUUAUUCAAUAGUUGAUGAUUUUGGCCAGCAUUUAAUUAAUACUUAUAACAUUAGAUGCCUUUACAUUAAAACGAAACCAGCUUAUCUCUUAAUCAUUGAAUGUGACGAAAAGAAAUCAGACCAACACCAGAAACACCUCGUAAUCAACAAUUUUCCUUCUCAAUUUGUAUCUUCUCUGAUAUUUUUUCGUCCUAUUUUCUAAUAAACAAACCAAACAAAAUACACAAA